GAUAACAGCAAUGUGAAUCCCAUUCGCUCGCAUCAGAAAACUGUUACGAAAGAUAAUUUACUUUCUGACUGAACUGUGUAAGGUCAGCGAUACUCGUUUCGGUCUUCUGCCGCAUAGCUACGAUGGGCGUGCUCCUGGACGGCUGGAUGACGGAGCUGGUUUUGGCUCUGUCGGUUGUGGUGCUGGCGCUCUACCUGCGCUUCCAGCGUGGCUACCAGCACUGGAAGAGGAAGGGCGUGCCGUAUGAGGAGCCGACUUUCCCGUUCGGUAACCUGGGACGCAGCCUUCUGGGCCAGAAGUACUAUGGGGACGUCCUCCGUGACCUGUACGAGAAGGCAAAAGGCAAACGAUUCAUUGGGUUCUACUCGAUACUCCGUCCUGUGCUCCUCGUGAGGGAUCCUGAACUUAUUCGACGAGUUCUGAUAAAGGACUUUGCUUCGUUCCACGACCGCGGGGUCUACCUGGACGACGAGGAGCCGCUCAACCGGCAGCUGUUCUUCCUGCCUUCUCACGAGUGGCGCCACCGCAGGGUCAAGCUGAGCCCUGCGUUCACCUCAGGCAAAUUGAAGGGCAUGUUCCAGAUGAUCCAGCAGUGCGGCCGAGAGCUGGCCCACGUGGCGGCGGAGUCGGCGAGCCGGGGAAGCCCCGUCGAGGUGCGCGAGUUGGCGGCGCGCUACACGACUGACGUCAUCGUGUCGGUGGGCUUCGGCGUCGACUCGGACUGCCAGCGCAACCCGCACGCCGUGUUCCGCGACUGGGGCCGCAGGGUGUUCGCGCCCGGACUCAAGGCCAGCCUCAGCGCCAGGCUCAACUUCAUCUGCCCCCACCUCGCGCACCUACUCAGGAUCAAAGGUGGCUUCACAGAAGUCAGCAGCUUCUUUCGGAAAAUGAUAGCAGACAAUGUGGAGUACAGGGAGAAGAAGAAUGUGACAAGGAAUGAUUUUAUAGACCUCCUCAUGCAACUUAAAAAUAAAGGAUUCGUCGACGGAGACAAAUUGCAAAAUGGAAACAAUACAGAGAAAACUUAUUUUCCAAUGGACGACCUAGCAGCAGAAUCUUUUGGAUUCUUCAUCGCGGGCUUCGAGACUUCGACGACUACAAUUAGCUCCAGCUUAUACGAGCUGGCGCUGCACGAGGACAUCCAAAGAAAUGUGCAGCAGGAGAUAGACACUGUGCUGGAGCGCCAUGGUGGCUGCAUUACGUACGACGCUAUAGCGGAAAUGUCCUACCUGGACAACGUGGUCUCCGAGACGCUCAGGAAGUAUCCUCCGCUGCCUUUCCUGAACCGCGACUGCGUGGAGCCCUACAAGAUCCCGGACAGCGACGUCGUCGUGGACAAAGGAACGGCAGUCGUCAUCAGCCUGUUCGGCCUUCACUACGACCCGGAGCACUUUCCUGAUCCAGAGCGCUACGACCCCGAGAGGUUCUCCGAGGAGCAGAAGGCCAAGAGGCACCCCUACGUGUACCUGCCGUUCGGCGACGGGCCUCACAUCUGCAUAGGUAUGAGACUCGGUUUACUGCAGACCAAAGUGGGUCUUGCGAACAUCCUGUCCAAGUGUUGCGUGCGACCUACGAAGAACACAACCAGGCAUGUCACCUACAACACCAGAAAUGUACUGCUGCUGCCCACAAAGGAAAUCGAGCUGCAAUUUGUGGAACGAUGCUAGGAGAUUCACUAGCGCGCCAACAUGACAUAAAGAGAAACUUUAAAGACUGUACGUGGCUUAAUCGUCUGUCUAUU